GCGAUUUCUUUUUGACGGCCAAAAGCGAAAUGCUCCUGCACUCCCUCACAUCCGUUUCUCUCUCUACCUCGCGCGCUCUCCCUCUCUGCAACAUUCUCUCUUCCUUCUUCUUCUUCUUGCUCUAGGUUUUGAGCUUUACACAGAGAAACAAUGGCUGCUGCUUUCUCUGCGGCUUUGCUCCGAGCUUUGGCCUUCGUUGCCAUCGCUUUCGCCAUUGCUUCCCCCGCUCUCGUCCGCGCUCAGUCCCCUACUCCCGCGCCGGCUCCCACUAGCGAUGGGACUUCCAUUGACCAAGGGGUUGCGUAUGUGCUGAUGCUUGUGGCUUUGGUCCUCACGUACCUCAUUCACCCCUUGGACGCAUCUUCAUACAACUUCUUCUGAUUUGGUUUUUUGGUCGUUCUUUUUAGGUUCGUAUUAGAUUAGAGAUGGGUUUUUGAGAUUUGUCUUGUUUUUCUUUCCUUUUGGAGGAAUUGGUUAUCUUUAUCCAACUGAGGAGAGGAGGAUUGUUUGCGUUCAUGUGAUGUUACGUAAUAUUCUUCUUGCUUUUCGUUUCAUGUGUUACUUACUAUUCAUGGUUGUGCAUAGGUUUUUGAUGAAUUGAGGUUCGAUUUCAUUAUUGCUUCUGUUUUUUCUCUUUCUUAUUUUCUUUCGUUAUAUUGCUUUUUCCCCCCCUCUUAACUUUGUACAUUUCUAACUUUUGGGAGCCGGAUGUAUGAAAAUUUGAAA